ACAAUAUCCAACUACUCUGAGGUUUAUGGGUAUUCAGGACAAAAUACAUGUGACUGAGCAUAUCAUUUUCAUAGAAGAGAUUUCAUCCAAGAGAACAUAAUCUUAUGAACUCUUUUUGUUUCCUUGGAAAUUCAAUUUAAAAAAUGAGUGAACCAACAAGUGGGCUAUUCCAGGACCAGAUGGCCGGGCGGGUCAGGCCCUACAUUGACUUAAUAGACUACCUGAGAGCCAUUGGAAUAGAUCAGGACCUUCCACUGCCAGCCAUUGCUGUGGUGGGAGACCAGAGUUCAGGAAAGAGCUCUGUGCUUGAGGCCCUAUCUGGAGUGGCACUGCCCAGAGGAAAUGGUAUUGUCACRAGGUGUCCACUGGAACUCAGACUCUGUUAUGUCAGCGGAGUGGCGUGGAAGGCUGUCAUCUCAUACAGAGACAAACGUAUUAAUAUUGGUGACCCCUCAGAAGUCGCGGAACACGUUAAAGAAGCCCAGAACGAGUUAGCUGGAGAGGGAGUGGGGAUAUGUGAUGAACGGAUCAGUUUGAAGAUCAUGUCCUCUUCGGUGUGUGACCUCACUCUGAUAGARUUACCUGGGAUCGCCAGGGUACCUGUACAYGGACAACCAGAAGACAUUGGAGCCCAAAUCAAACGUCUCAUUCUGAAAAUCUUAUCAAAACAAAAAACCAUUAACUUGGUGGUGGUGCCWUGCAAUGUUGACAUAGCAACAACAGAAGCUCUGAAAAUGGCCAAAGAAGUGGAUCCUGAAGGCACAAGAACUUUAGCCAUUCUGACGAAACCAGACCUGAUUGACAGGGGAACAGAGAAGGAUGUGUUGGACAUUGUUCGCAAUAAAAUCAUCCCUCUCAAUAUGGGCUACGUUAUUGUGAAAUGUCGUGGUCAGAAACAAAUUAAUGACGGCGUCACCAUAAACGAUGCAAUUGAGGAGGAGAGGGACUUCUUCGAAAAUCACGACGAAUUCAGCUCCCUCCUGGAUGAAGAAAGGGUAACCACCAAGUGCCUAGCCGCUAGACUCACCCAAACCCUGGUCAACCACAUCCAAAAAUCAAUGCCACAGAUGUCUGAUCAGAUAAAACAGCAGCUGUGYGUUUAUCAGACGGAAUUGACUAAGUAUGAGGGUGGUCCUCCCGUGGAUCCUGCAGAGAAGAGGAAGUACCUUAUUGAGGUGAUAAAACAGUUCAAUUACAAGAUCGAUCAGCUGUGCAGAGGGGAGCUAAAAACCGAUGAAAAUCUAUUCAUUAACAUGCAAAAAAUAUUUGCAAAAUGGUUUGAAAAGCUUGGACAGUCCAAGGCAGGCUACCACAAAAUGACCCAAGAUGUGGUCAAUGAAUUUGACCAGAAGCACAGGGGAAGAGAACUUCCUGGUUUCAGUAACUACACUUUAUUCGAAAGCGUUGUUCAAAACCUGGUGGGGGAACUGAAAAAUCCAGCUAUGGACACACUACAGAAAAUCAAAGAUCUGGUACAGAAGCACUUUUCUGUUGUGUCCAGAAACUGCUUUGAGAAUUAUCCUUGCCUUCAGCGUUUUUCAAUGGCCAACAUUGAUGACAUCCAUAAACAGCAGUUAACCACUGUGAUGGACAGGAUCGAGGAGCAGUUUGAGAUGGAGAUGCAUAUGUACACACAGGAUGAAAUCUUUGCCCGAACACUGACGGCCAACACAGACGGCAACCCCAGGGAAACUGACUGCUCAGGUUAUGACACCAGGAGCAAGUACCUGAACUCCUCAAUUCAUACUUUGAGAUCGUGGUGCAGCGACUGGCGGACCAGGUGCCCAUGCUGAUUCGUUACUUCAUCCUGAAGGAGUCAGCCAGGAUCCUGUCCAGUGAGAUGUUGGGCCUGCUGAACAGAGAAGACUUGGACGAGAUGCUGAAGGA